AUGUAUUAUGGAAGUGUGAGUUUAGAGCACUUGGAUGGUCCGGAUUCUAUUGCACUGUUAAUUGCUUCCGAUGAAUUAGAACUUCGAAGAUUAUGUAUACAUGUACAAACUCAUAUAAAGAAUACACUGAACGAUUGGCUCAGCAAAAAUCUGAUGUUUAUUCUUGAUAUUACAUCAAAACAUGAAGACUUUGACAUACUUCGUGAACAUGUACUUGGCAUAGUGUGUAGGGAUCCUCAUUUAAUUUUUGGUGUAAAUAAUGAUUAUCUAUUGCUCUCUGAAUCAACCAUGAUUCAUUUACUAAAACGAGAUGACUUAGGAAUGGAUGAAAUUGAUAUUUGGGAAUAUCUCAUAAAAUGGGGGAUAGAACAUGCGACCUCUCUGAGUCAAAAUAAUCAUGAUUUAAAUAAUUGGUCUAAGGAUGAUUUUGCAGCUCUGGAAGAAACUUUACAUAAUUGUAUACCAUUAAUUAGAUUUUUUCAAAUUUCUUCAAUUGAUUUAUAUGAUAAGGUUAGAGUUCCUUAUAAAAAGAUUUUACCAAAACAGUUGAAUGAGGAUAUUAUUAAAUAUUUUAUGAAACCUGGUUGCGAACUUACUACUAGAAUUUUACCUUCUCGUUUGACGAUUAUAGAUUCUACUAUUGUCAAAGCAAUACAUGCUGGACUUAUAAGUAGUUGGAUUGAUGGAAUUGUUCAUGAUAAUGAUCGAGAUUAUGAUAAUGCUGUAAAUAGUUUUGUGUUUUCGUUUAAUGUUAACGAUGAUUUGAAAAAUGCUUUACUAAGUAAGGUUGUGAUGGCCAGUAAUGCGAUUUACUAUUCUACUUCAAAUGGCCCUUGUUUUGGAAAUGGCGAUCUUUGGAUGACUGGAACUUUUGGUUCAUCAAGUAGAACGUCGUAUGAGCAUAGUAUUAUGGAUGUGCCCAAUUUUUUUGCCAAUGAUUAUGAGGUUUUUCAAGUCCAACAGCGGUAA